AUGCCAUUAGACUUGCUGAUAAGGGUUGGGCCAUUUUGUGUGAAGGGUUUGUCUGCCGACUGUUUGGGCUGUAAAGAAGAAGCUGCUUGUCUCGAUGAAGUCAAGACUUUCGUCACUUUCUAUUUUCAGGUCAAACUUUUGUCUCGCGCGAUAGAGGAGCUCACUGCCGCCGUUUCAAGAAGACUGUUCUGGAUCACCUCAACGUCGUACCAAGCAGCAUCCCGGCCACACCGCCGUCAACAGCAGCAAAAGCAGAUGGCGGUGAAAGUGGCAAUCAAUACUGAGGGGGAUAUCAGAGGGGUCCAGAUUCACGGUGUCCCCGCUUCGGAAGACUUCCUAAAGGGGACGACGUUUCCCGCAGUAGCAAAGAUGACGGCUUCUUGUUUUCGGGCGACUAUUGGCCGUCUGGUUGCCUUGGGCACGAUUCUUACGUUUGUGACUUUCCAGUAUAUUGCAGUAAAGUCAAAACCUCAACUAAGCUUCUACGAAAUUUUCCUACAACUCAGUUCUUGCAUCCUCCUAUGUAACUUCUUAGUCGUCGUUGCGCGCUGGGCUGAAUAUGAACCCAUCCAGGGGCUCAAGGACAAUGGCCGAUUGCCAUCUAUCAACGUCAUUGUUCCGGCGUACAACGAGUCUGAGUUCGUGAGGAACUCAAUAUCCUCCGUGUUGUCCUCAGAUUAUCCCAGAGACAAAGUCCAUAUCAUCGUUGUGGAUGACGGCUCGACGGAUGAUACCUGGUCUCACAUACAACACGCACUUCCACCAAAGUCUUCGACUCUUUGUACAACAAUCCGGCACGAGAUCAACCGUGGAAAACGCCAGGCUAUGGUCACGGCAUUUGAAGUGGCCAACAACGAGAUACUCGUGACUCUGGAUUCCGACACUACUCUCGACAAGCAUACUCUCCGGAACUUGGCCAGUCCCUUCGUCCUAGACAGCGACGUUGGAGGCGUCGCCGGACACCUCUCCGUCUUCAAUAUCCAAUCUCAAGGAUGGGAUAGCUUCAUCCCUCGCAUCCUUGACUGCCUUUUUGAACAAAACGGCAACAUUCCGCGGGCGGCGCAGUCAAAACACGGGUUCGUUACCAUUCUCCCAGGCGCCAUCUCCGCGUUCCGCAGAGACGCCAUCCUGCCGCAUACUAAGGCCCUCGUGGACACGAGAUUCCUCGGGCGUCCGAUGAGGCACGGCGAGGACGUCCAGCUCACGAUGGGACUCCUGCGCGAUGGCUGGCGUCUCAAGUAUCAGAGCAAUGCUGUUGGCUACACAGUCGCGCCAGAGACGUUUUUGAAGGCUUUCCUCAUGUACGUUCGCUGGGAGAGGAGCAACCAUACAUAUUGGAUGCUCGGGCUUGUUCGUCUAGCCUUUCGCGAUGCGGCGAGAUUCUUCACUCGACGCUUUGCUCGGCCGUGUUCGAGCGAGCCCGAGCUACUGCUGCCCGGAGACCUGGAGAAACAAGGUGGCAGGAGAGAGGUGAAUGCCCGAACGCCGGACUAUCAUCCCAUGCUGAUGAUUUUCUGCGCGGGGUUUGCCAACUUUUCAUACCUGAGUAUUGUGAUUUCGUGGCUACGGGGCUUUUACUUCUCUCCGUGGGUUACAUUCAUGAAUCUGGGUUGUCUCGUCGUGUUUGCCACUUGGUUCAGUACUCUGUUGUUGGCGGAUGCUCUUCACGAGAGCGAAAGUAACAUGGCAGUCGAAGGAGACGUCAAAGAGUCGGACGAGACCCGGUUACUAAGGACCGAGGGUUCGUACUCGAGAUUGAGGAAGAAAUUGCAGUAUUCUUGUUUCUCUACAGUUGCCAACUUCACAUUUGUCUGUUGGGCUUCUGUAAUUGGAUUGCUUACACUGAGGAGUCAGAGUUGGUUGACAAGUCUGAGAAAAAGCAGCGGAGUCAGAAGACAGAACCAGAAAGAUUUGGCGCCCGUCCCCUGCGAUUUCGCCAUCGACCAACGGCAUCGCCGUGUACGAGAAUAUCGCAGUCUUCUAGCCUCAUGCAGUCUAAGCUGGAAAAAUGCAAGUGACGGUUUCGGGUUCUCCCUCUUUACGGCAGGUAUUGGCAGACAAGUCGGGGCGCCCAGCCACCGGCGUGGCAACGGAGGUUCCAUCGGACCCCUACACAGUAAACCGGGAUCCAGUUUCGGGCCGGCAAAGAGGGGGGGGACGUGGCCAAGCGAUGCUGCCGCGUGGGAUGCAACACAACAUGGCGACAACGGAGAAGAUUACAAAACACGUGGUCGGGAAGUGAAUGGGGGCAAACUCGCCUAUGAGGCCUCUCGCUCCAUGCCAUUCAUCUUUCAGAACAGUUAUGAGUCCCCCAAUAUUGUCAAAACACGGUCAAGUCAUCCGCAAAUGUACUCAUUCACAUUCGAUGACGACUCGUGGAACGAAAAGGAUGAAAUCCUAACACUGUUCGCCCAGCGAAAUGCACAAGCUUCCUUCUUCCUACGUAGCACUCUAUGGACCGCAGAUUCAAUAAAAGACGACGGGAAAUCUGUAGUACAGAGUAUCCACAAAAACAGGCAUCUGAUUGGAUUUAGCACCUCGAGUCGCCAUCCUCACAGCGGCGUGGAGCAUGACGACCUCCUCAAAGCCCGUCAGAAGAUUUCCACGGUUCUCGGAGCCUCAUCCUCCUCUGAAGGCCUUCGACCACAGUACAUUUGGUCGUCCCCGGUCGAUUGCACAGUACGGAACGGCUGCGUUGAAAAGUUGACGAUAAAUGGUCAGCGACUGGUACUUUGGGACGGUAGACCGGCGGACAUGAGUAACAACACAGAGACUACGCUUCUCCUCGACAGACUACAAGCGGCAGACUCCGGGCGAGAUUCUUUUCUCAUUCCGAUACGAGGUUUUCAAAAAGAGAGUAAUCACAGUUUCGGCGAUCUACUAGAUGGGUUCCUACAAAAGGGCUUCCAACCGGUUACUGUAGGAGACUGUAUAAAUGACCCCAAACACUUCUGGUAUCUAGAUCACUUGGGACGUCCGGCGACUAGCUUGGCAUUUGGCCGCCAUGGUGUAGUAUCGCCUGGCACAUUUCUCAGUCAAGUUCGAUGGAGCGGGAUACUGGCUGUAUUUUUCUUAGAGUUGAUGGCCCUUUCAAUGAUGACGCAUUACGACCUAGUCAAGAAAGAAAAACCACUCGUGAAUUUAAGCAACAUCAAACUAGGUAGAAUGGCCACUUACUUCUCUGGGAAUGAGUAG